AAUUACUCAUCCCUUUCCCAUCCUAUAAAAGCUAGGCAACUUCAUUCAGAUCAUACUACUACUACUACUACCACUUCACAUUUUACACAUCCAAAGAUAAGUUUCAGAAUGGUAACUCAGCUGCAAAGGAGAACAUCUCGCAGAAAGCUUCAGUUUCUGCCAACUCUCUACAACUCCAAAUCUGUUAAAAGGAGGUCCAUCGUCUUAAAUGUUCUUCUCCAGUGUCACAAGCUCAAACUCAAGUUGGAAGAAAUACACAGAGAGUACGAAAAUCUUGUGGCUAUCAGAAACCAAUACUUCACUCUAUUGAAGCAUAUACAAAUCCCAAAGGAAGUGAAGGUGGAGAAGGUUGGGGAAGAGUUGAUAGUGAAAGUGAGUUGCAACAAAGAAGGGGACAAAUUGAUCUCAAUUCUAGAGGCGUUUGAAGAACUGGGUCUUAACGUUCUUCAAGCUAAAGUUUCUUGCAGUCAUUUCUUUGCCAUGGAAGCCAUUGCUGAGGCUCAAGACCUGCAAACUACCGAUAUCAAGGAUAUUACUCAAGCUAUCCUUAAGGCCAUUGAAAAGCAAGGAGGUGACAAUAUAUAGAAAGAUUUUGCGGGGAAUACUAAUGUUAGAUUAAGCAAAAGUUAUGAUUCAUACAGUGUAUGAUAUCUAGAGUCUAGACAUGUAUGCAUCUCCGUAUACAUGGGGUUUUAAAAUGUAGAACGUAAUGGUAUCUGUGUCUGAUUCAGUGUGUAUGGUAUGCAUCUCAGGUAGUAAAAGAUUAAAAAAUAAAACUUUUAAAAGGUAUAAAAGUUGCGGUAUGCAUCUCGAUUAACAAAAGAAUUGCUUUCCAUUGCCGGGAAUUGAACCCGGGUCUCCUGGGUGAAAGCCAGAUAUCCUAACCACUGGACGACAAUGGAUA